UUGAACCAAACCCCACACCAGUCAUUAUUUUUAAAUAUAUCAUUGUAUGUUAUAACCGUGUGCUUUCCCGCCGUCGUUAACUUUAUGCUGUGUACGGGUCGGUAACGUGUUUUGCUCCCCGGGUCCUGGAGGAACGCUGCGGGCUUGGCUGAUUUCGGGAGUGUGGUUGAACGACAAUUAAACUCUUGCACUUGAACAAGUAAACUUGGUGAAACUUUUUCUCUCUCUUCUCCAGAAUGGAUCAGAUCUGCUCCGCGGCCGUGGGAGGCGGCGGGAUCGUGGGAUCCGGACUCUGGGUGUGUCCCCCGUAACUCGAGACCCUCCAAGGAGCCCCAGGCGGCGGUCCCGCUCCACGCCCAGCGCUUUUUUCCAACUCCCUCUCUCUCUCUGGGCGGUGGCCCGGCUCGGGAUGAGGAUAUAAAGAGGCGAGAAGGAGGUGGCCGCACACCACUGGCUCGGUGUAAGGCUUGAGGAACAAGAUGCAGACCAGCGUCAGAAGCAGCAGCGGCGGUCAGAGCUGGGGCUCCCGCAGCGUGUCCGGGGUCUCCUCAAGCAUGCGGGGAGGCAGUGCGUACGGCUUCGGCCAGAGCCGAGUGUCCAGCAGUCGAGCCUCCAGCUACGGCCUGGGCUCAGCCCUGGGCGCCGGCAUGGGACUGAGCGCCAGCAUGGCGUACGGAUCCGGCGGCGGGUUCGGCGGCGGGUUCGGCGGCGGGUUCGGCGGCGGGAUCGGCGGCGGGUUUAGCGGCGGGUACAGCAUCUCCUCCUCCGCCUUGGUGAACGAGAAGCAGACCAUGCAGGGCCUGAACGACCGGCUGGCGGCGUAUCUGGAGAAGGUGCGCUUCCUGGAGAAGUCCAACGCCGAACUGGAGCUUCAGAUCCGGGAGUACUACCAACAGGCGGGUCCCACCACCCGCGACUACAGCGAGUACUGGGCCACCAUCAAGGGUCUCCGCGACCAGAUCAACGACUUGAUCCUCGCCAACUCCGGAAUCAUGCUCCAAGUGGACAACUCCAAACUGGCGGCGGAAGACUUCAAGGCCAAGUUUGAAACUGAGUUGUCCAUCAGGAUGUCCGUUGAGAACGAUAUCAAUGGUCUGCGCAUGAUGUUGGAUAACCUCACCCUCGAGAAGAGCCAGCUGGAGACCGAGAUUGAGAACCUGAAAGAGGAGCUCAUUUACAUCAGGAAAAACCAUGAAGAUGAGCUCAGGAGCCUGAAGUCCCAGAUGACUGGCAACGUUUCUGUCGAUGUCACAGCUGAAGACUCCGUGGACUUGCUCAAGGUUCUGGCGGAAAUUCGGACAAAGUAUGAAGCCAUGGCCACCCAGAACAAGGCAGACGCCGACGAUUGGUACAAGCAGCAGUUUGCAGCUGUGCAACAGGAGAUCAGCGUCAACACGAGUGCCCUCGAUGGGGAGAAAUCCAGACUGACUGAACUGAGGCACAGCUGUCAGGGGCUGGAGACCGAGCUGAGCACGAUGCAAAGCAUUAUCGCCUCGCUGGAGGGUAACCUGAACGAGGUUGACAUGCGCUUCUCCGGUGAGAGGGCCAAUCUGCAGAUGACCAUCAACGGUCUGGAAGGAGCAUUGGGCGAUCUCCGCGCCAAGAUCCUGUCCAUGAGCCAGGAGUACCAGCAGCUUCUGAACAUAAAGAGCAGACUGGAGGUGGAAAUUGAGACCUAUCGCAGGCUGCUGGGCGGCUCCGGGGGUCAGUCUUCUGGCCAAGUGUCAAGCAGGUCAACUAUACAGAAGACGGUGGUCAAGCAGGAAAGAAAGCCCGUUGUUUCAAGUCAGACCAAGACGUUCACCGUGGUGGAGGAGGUUGUGGACGGCAAAGUGGUUUCUUCUCAAUCCAAUGACAGUGAGAAACCUGUGCGGCGGGCGGGGGAGCCGUUGCGCCGGGACAAUUCCCACUCCCGAACUCGGCAGUUCGUGUCCAGCGUCCCGAGUCGCCGUCACCAACUGGGCUCUGCGAAUGGAUCAGAUCUUCUCCGCGGCCGUGGGAGGCGGCGGGAUCGCUUGAGGAACAAGAUGCAGACCAGCGUCAGAAGCAGCAGCGGCGGUCAGAGCUGGGGCUCCCGCAGCGUGUCCGGGGUCUCCUCAAGCAUGCGGGGAGGCAGUGCGUACGGCUUCGGCCAGAGCCGAGUGUCCAGCAGUCGAGCCUCCAGCUACGGCCUGGGCUCAGCCCUGGGCGCCGGCCUGGGACUGAGCGCCAGCAUGGCGUACGGAUCCGGCGGCGGGUUCGGCGGCGGGUAUAGCGGCGGGUUCGGCGGCGGGUACAGCGGCGGGUUCGGCGGCGGGUACAGCAUCUCCUCCUCCGCCUUGGUGAACGAGAAGCAGACCAUGCAGGGCCUGAACGACCGGCUGGCGGCGUAUCUGGAGAAGGUGCGCUUCCUGGAGAAGUCCAACGCCGAACUGGAGCUUCAGAUCCGGGAGUACUACCAACAGGCGGGUCCCACCACCCGCGACUACAGCGAGUACUGGGCCACCAUCAAGGUUCUCCGCGACCAGAUCAACGACUUGAUCCUCGCCAACUCCGGAAUCAUGCUCCAAGUGGACAACUCCAAACUGGCGGCGGAAGACUUCAAGGCCAAGUUUGAAACUGAGUUGUCCAUCAGGAUGUCCGUUGAGAACGAUAUCAAUGGUCUGCGCAUGAUGUUGGAUAACUUCACCCUUGAGAAGAGCCAGCUGGAGACCGAGAUUGAGAACCUGAAAGAGGAGCUCAUUUACAUCAGGAAAAACCAUGAAGAUGAGCUCAGGAGCCUGAAGUCCCAGAUGACUGGCAAUGUUUCUGUCGAUGUCACAGCUGAAGACUCCGUGGACUUGCUCAAGAUUCUGGCAGAAAUUCGGACGAAGUAUGAAGCCAUGGCCGUCCAGAACAAGGCAGACGCCGACGAUUGGUACAAGCAGCAGUUUGGAGCUGUGCAACAGGAGAUCAGCGUCAACACGAGUGCCCUCGAUGGGGAGAAAUCCAGACUGACUGAACUGAGGCACAGCUGUCAGGGGCUGGAGACCGAGCUGAGCACGAUGCAAAGCAUUAUCGCCUCGCUGGAGGGUAACCUGAACGAGGUUGACAUGCGCUUCUCCGGUGAGAGGGCCAAUCUGCAGAUGACCAUCAACGGUCUGGAAGGAGCGUUGGGCGAUCUCCGCGCCAAGAUCCUGUCCAUGAGCCAGGAGUACCAGCAGCUUCUGAACAUAAAGAGCAGACUGGAGGUGGAAAUUGAGACCUAUCGCAGGCUGCUGGGCGGCUCCGGGGGUCAGUCUUCUGGCCAAGUGUCAAGCAGGUCAACUAUACAGAAGAUGGUGGUCAAGCAGGAAAGAAAGCCCGUUGUUUCAAGUCAGACCAAGACGUUCACCGUGGUGGAGGAGGUUGUGGACGGCAAAGUGGUUUCUUCUCAAUCCAAUGACAGUGAGAAACCUGUGCGGCGGGCGGGGGAGCCGUUGCGCCGGGACAAUUCCCACUCCCGAACUCGGCAGUCCGUGUCCAGCGUCCCGAGUCGCCGUCACCGCGGUGCGGUGCGAAUGGAUCAGAUCUGCUCCGCAGCCGUGGGAGGCGGCGGCAUCGUGGGAUCCGGACUCUGGAUGCGGACCAGCGUCAGAAGCAGCAGCGGCGGUCAGAGCUGGGGGUCCCGCAGCGUGUCCGGGGUCUCCUCAAGCAUGCGGGGAGGCAGUGCGUACGGCUUCGGCCAGAGCCGAGUGUCCAGCAGUCGAGCCUCCAGCUACGGCCUGGGCUCAGCCCUGGGCGCCGGCAUGGGACUGAGCGCCAGCAUGGCGUACGGAUCCGGCGGCGGGUUCGGCGGCGGGUACAGCGGCGGGUUCGGCGGCGGGUUCGGCGGCGGGUUCGGCGGCGGGUACGGCGGCGGAUACAGCAUCUCCUCCUCCGCCUUGGUGAACGAGAAGCAGACCAUGCAGGGCCUGAACGACCGGCUGGCGGCGUAUCUGGAGAAGGUGCGCUUCCUGGAGAAGUCCAACGCCGAACUGGAGCUUCAGAUCCGGGAGUACUACCAACAGGCGGGUCCCACCACCCGCGACUACAGCGAGUACUGGGCCACCAUCAAGGGUCUCCGCGACCAGAUCAACGACUUGAUCCUCGCCAACUCCGGAAUCAUGCUCCAAGUGGACAACUCCAAACUGGCGGCGGAAGACUUCAAGGCCAAGUUUGAAACUGAGUUGUCCAUCAGGAUGUCCGUUGAGAACGAUAUCAAUGGUCUGCGCAUGAUGUUGGAUAACCUCACCCUCGUGAAGAGCCAACUGGAGACCGAGAUUGAGAACCUGAAAGAGGAGCUCAUUUACAUCAGGAAAAACCAUGAAGAUGAGCUCAGGAGCCUGAAGUCCCAGAUGACUGGCAACGUUUCUGUUGAUGUCACAGCUGAAGACUCCGUGGACUUGCUCAAGGUUCUGGCAGAAAUUCGGACGAAGUAUGAAGCCAUGGCCACCCAGAACAAGGCAGACGCCGACGAUUGGUACAAGCAGCAGUUUGCAGCUGUGCAACAGGAGAUCAGCGUCAACACGAGUGCCCUCGAUGGGGAGAAAUCCAGACUGACUGAACUGAGGCACAGCUGUCAGGGGCUGGAGACCGAGCUGAGCACGAUGCAAAGCAUUAUCGCCUCGCUGGAGGGUAACCUGAACGAGGUUGACAUGCGCUUCUCCGGUGAGAGGGCCAAUCUGCAGAUGACCAUCAACGGUCUGGAAGGAGCAUUGGGCGAUCUCCGCGCCAAGAUCCUGUCCAUGAGCCAGGAGUACCAGCAGCUUCUGAACAUAAAGAGCAGACUGGAGGUGGAAAUUGAGACCUAUCGCAGGCUGCUGGGCGGCUCCGGGGGUCAGUCUUCUGGCCAAGUGUCAAGCAGGUCAACUAUACAGAAGACGGUGGUCAAGCAGGAAAGAAAGCCCGUUGUUUCAAGUCAGACCAAGACGUUCACCGUGGUGGAGGAGGUUGUGAACGGCAAAGUGGUUUCUUCUCAAUCCAAUGACAGUGAGAAAACUGUGCGGCGGGCGGGGGAGCCGUUGCGCCGGGACAAUUCCCACUCCCGACCUCGGCAGUCCGUGUCCAGCGUCCCGAGUCGCCGUCACCAACUGGGCUCUGCGAAUGGAUCAGAUCUGCUCCGCGGCCGUGGGAGGCGGCGGGAUCGUGGGAUCCGGACUCUGGGUGUGUCCCCCAUGCGGACCAGCGUCAGAAGCAGCAGCGGCGGUCAGAGCUGGGGGUCCCGCAGCGUGUCCGGGGUCUCCUCAAGCAUGCGGGGAGGCAGUGCGUACGGCUUCGGCCAGAGCCGAGUGUCCAGCAGUCGAGCCUCCAGCUACGGCCUGGGCUCAGCCCUGGGCGCCGGCAUGGGACUGAGCGCCAGCAUGGCGUACGGAUCCGGCGGCGGGUUCGGCGGCGGGUACAGCGGCGGGUUCGGCGGCGGGUACAGCGGCGGGUUCGGCGGCGGGUUCGGCGGCGGGUACGGCGGCGGAUACAGCAUCUCCUCCUCCGCCUUGGUGAACGAGAAGCAGACCAUGCAGGGCCUGAACGACCGGCUGGCGGCGUAUCUGGAGAAGGUGCGCUUCCUGGAGAAGUCCAACGCCGAACUGGAGCUUCAGAUCCGGGAGUACUACCAACAGGCGGGUCCCACCACCCGCGACUACAGCGAGUACUGGGCCACCAUCAAGGGUCUCCGCGACCAGAUCAACGACUUGAUCCUCGCCAACUCCGGAAUCAUGCUCCAAGUGGACAACUCCAAACUGGCGGCGGAAGACUUCAAGGCCAAGUUUGAAACUGAGUUGUCCAUCAGGAUGUCCGUUGAGAACGAUAUCAAUGGUCUGCGCAUGAUGUUGGAUAACCUCACCCUCGUGAAGAGCCAACUGGAGACCGAGAUUGAGAACCUGAAAGAGGAGCUCAUUUACAUCAGGAAAAACCAUGAAGAUGAGCUCAGGAGCCUGAAGUCCCAGAUGACUGGCAACGUUUCUGUCGAUGUCACAGCUGAAGACUCCGUGGACUUGCUCAAGGUUCUGGCAGAAAUUCGGACGAAGUAUGAAGCCAUGGUCACCCAGAACAAGGCAGACGCUGACGAUUGGUACAAGCAGCAGUUUGCAGCUGUGCAACAGGAGAUCAGCGUCAACACGAGUGCCCUCGAUGGGGAGAAAUCCAGACUGACUGAACUGAGGCACAGCUGUCAGGGGCUGGAGACCGAGCUGAGCACGAUGCAAAGCAUUAUCGCCUCGCUGGAGGGUAACCUGAACGAGGUUGACAUGCGCUUCUCCGGUGAGAGGGCCAAUCUGCAGAUGACCAUCAACGGUCUGGAAGGAGCGUUGGGCGAUCUCCGCGCCAAGAUCCUGUCCAUGAGCCAGGAGUACCAGCGGCUUCUGAACAUAAAGAGCAGACUGGAGGCGGAAAUUGAGACCUAUCGCAGGCUGCUGGGCGGCUCCGGGGGUCAGUCUUCUGGUCAAGUGUCAAGCAGGUCAACUAUACAGAAGACGGUGGUCAAGCAGGAAAGAAAGCCCGUUGUUUCAAGUCAGACCAAGACGUUCACCGUGGUGGAGGAGUUUGUGGACGGGAAAGUGGUUUCUUCUCGUAUGGAGGAGACUCGUAGAUACAGCCUGGCUCCCGCGGCGCCGCAGGGGUCGCCCGUCAGCGUAGGACUCCAGCUCCGGAUUUUCCCCUCGGGGUCUACCCGCAAAGCCUUCCCCAUGAUUGGAAUGGAUCAGAUCUGCUCCGCGGCCGUGGGAGGCGGCGGGAUCGUGGGUUCCGGACUCUGGAUGCGGACCAGCGUCAGAAGCAGCAGCGGCGGUCAGAGCUGGGGUUCCCGCAGCGUGUCCGGGGUCUCCUCAAGCAUGCGGGGAGGCAGUGCGUACGGCUUCGGCCAGAGCCGAGUGUCCAGCAGUCGAGCCUCCAGCUACGGCCUGGGCUCAGCCCUGGGCGCCGGCAUGGGACUGAGCGCCAGCAUGGCGUACGGAUCCGGCGGCGGGUUCGGCGGCGGUUUCAGCGGCGGGUACAGCGGCGGGUUCGGCGGCGGGUACGGCGGCGGGUUUGGCGGCGGGUACAGCAUCUCCUCCUCCGCCUUGGUGAACGAGAAGCAGACCAUGCAGGGCCUGAACGACCGGCUGGCGGCGUAUCUGGAGAAGGUGCGCUUCCUGGAGAAGUCCAACGCCGAACUGGAGCUUCAGAUCCGGGAGUACUACCAACAGGCGGGUCCCACCACCCGCGACUACAGCGAGUACUGGGCCACCAUCAAGGGCCUCCGCGACCAGAUCAACGACUUGAUCCUCGCCAACUCCGGAAUCAUGCUCCAAGUGGACAACUCCAAACUGGCGGCGGAAGACUUCAAGGCCAAGUUUGAAACUGAGUUGUCCAUCAGGAUGUCCGUUGAGAACGAUAUCAAUGGUCUGCGCAUGAUGUUGGAUAACCUCACCCUCGUGAAGAGCCAACUGGAGACCGAGAUUGAGAACCUGAAAGAGGAGCUCAUUUACAUCAGGAAAAACCAUGAAGAUGAGCUCAGGAGCCUGAAGUCCCAGAUGACUGGCAACGUUUCUGUCGAUGUCACAGCUGAAGACUCCGUGGACUUGCUCAAGAUUCUGGGAGAAAUUCGGACGAAGUAUGAAGCCAUGGUCACCCAGAACAAGGCAGAUGCUGACGAUUGGUACAAGCAGCAGUUUGCGGCUGUGCAACAGGAGAUCACCGUCAACACGAGUGCCCUCGAUGGGGAGAAAUCCAGACUGACUGAACUGAGGCACAGCUGUCAGGGGCUGGAGACCGAGCUGAGCACGAUGCAAAGCAUUAUCGCCUCGCUGGAGGGUAACCUGAAUGAGGUUGACAUGCGCUUCUCCGGUGAGAGGGCCAAUCUGCAGAUAACCAUCAACGGUCUGGAAGGGGCGUUGGGCGAUCUCCGCGCCAAGAUCCUGUCCAUGAGCCAGGAGUACCAGCAGCUCCUGAACAUAAAGAGCAGACUGGAGGCGGAAAUUGAGACCUAUCGCAGGCUGCUGGGCGGCUCCGGGGGUCAGUCUUCUGGCCAAGUGUCAAGCAGGUCAACUAUACAGAAGACGGUGGUCAAGCAGGAAAGAAAGCCCGUUGUUUCAACCCAGACCAAGACGUUCACCGUGGUGGAGGAGGUUGUGGACGGGAAAGUGGUGUCUUCUCGUAUGGAGGAGGUGAAUUAAUCAAGACGGCGGAGGGGCCUUGGAAAACGACAGGGGAGACUUCCGUGCACGGCUUUAAACAAAUAUCAAGUGAUUUUUCUGCUUUCUGUAUC